UUGGGCAACCCUAUUUGAAUUCUGGUGUAUCCCAUUAUUGGUCAUGAUUGGCAUUAAGGAAUCAACCAGGGAAGGUAAAUCUAAUACAUGGAAAAGGUUUCUUAAGACAUCACCUGAAUUGAACAUUAGCAAACUAAAUGUUUAUGAUCUCAAUUACAGUCCCAUUUUUUUAAAAUGUCCCCAAUACAUGGACAGAUAAUUAUUGCAGAUGUGUGGAAACCACUUAACAGCCAAGACUUUACUUUUCAAAUCCAGUCUAUAAGGGGUCAUUGAAGCUUUAUGUCAUAUGUCUGGAAAACAAAAACAAAACAGGAAAAAAACAGCACUCUCUGAGACAAAGAGAGGGAGAGAAUUCUAUACACAGAGGUGCAGUAGGAGUGCACCUGAUUUCUGAAAAAUCUAUAAAAGAUGCUGUCAGGAAACUGAUCAGUGCAGAAAGUAGGACACAUGGAGAUCACAGUUCUCUUCAUCAGCCUGAGAUUAACUCUUAGCUGGUUUGAGCUGAACUCGGCUCUUGCCUUUGAUGGUUUUGGGCUGGAUCUGAAGCAAAGGGCUGUUUAUGCAGAGGUCAACCCUGUUCAGCCGAGGUCUGGUUCGUCUGUGAAGUGUUCUCGUCUUAGCCUGUCUCAUCCGCCUGCCUUCUCCAUGGAUGGUGACUAUGUUAUCGGGGGAGUUUUCUCCAUUCAUUAUUACAUGCGGCUGGUGAGGCACAACUACACCACUGAGCCUGAAGCGCUGAGCUGCACAGGCAGCAUUGAUGCACGGGAACUGAGGUUCUCACAAGCUAUGAUUUUUGCAAUUGAUGAAAUCAACAACAGCUCAGAUCUGCUGCCAGGUGUCAAACUUGGGUAUAGGAUAUAUGACUCCUGCUCCUCUGUGCCCAUGGCCAUGCACUCAGCCUUCCAGCUUUCUAAUGGUUUGGACCAAGUGUUCAACACCAAUGACAGCUGCUCUCAGUCUGGUAUGGUUAUGGCUGUUGUUGGUGAGUCUGGUUCCACGCCGUCAAUCACUAUGUCACGAGUGAUCGGGUCCUUGAAUAUUCCUCAGGUGAGCCACUACGCCACAUGUGCGUGUUUGUCCAAUAAGCAACAAUAUCCUAGCUUCUUUAGAACUAUUCCCAGUGACGAGUUCCAGGCUAAAGCACUGGCCCAUUUGGUCAAACACUUUGGCUGGACCUGGAUUGGUGCUGUUCGCUCAGAUUCUGACUAUGGAAACAAUGGAAUGGCAUCUUUCCUGGAGGAAGCACAGAAAGAAGGAAUUUGUGUGGAAUAUUCUGAAUCUUUUUAUCGGACAAAUCCACACAGCAAGAUUCAGAGAUUGGCUGAAAUCAUUCGCAGGUCAACAGCUGUGGUUAUUGUUGCCUUUGUUGCCUCGGGAGACAUGAGGAUUCUACUGGAGGAACUGUCACAGAAACCUUCAACGCCCCGUCAGUGGAUCGGCAGUGAGGCAUGGGUGACAGAUCCAGACAUGCUAAGGUUCACGUUUUGUGCCGGAGCUGUUGGAUUUGGUAUUCAGCAAACCAUAAUUCCAGGACUGAGGGACUUCCUGCUGGAUUUGACUCCUGCAAAAAUUUUGGCGUCUUCUGUGUUGACUGAAUUCUGGGAGAAUGCGUUCAAUUGCAGGCUGGGAAAAACGACAACAGGUAAAAGACCAUGUGAUGGGACUGAAAACAUAGAGACUCUUCAAAGUCCAUAUACUGACACGUCUCAGCUGAGAAUUACAAACAUGGUGUACAAGGCUGUGUAUGCAAUUGCACAUGCCAUUCACAGUGCAGCAUGCGGGACAACAAACUCAACCACUGAGUGUGGUAGCAGAAUAACAUCACAACAGGUACUUAAUCAGCUAAAAGAGGUUAAUUUUACUCAGAAUGGUUAUGAUGUGUCCUUCGAUGACAAUGGGGAUCCUGUAGCCACAUACGAGCUUGUCAACUGGCAGAAAGGCGAAAGUGGCACCAUUGAAAUGGUAACAGUCGGUCAAUACGACGCAUCACUGCCUGCAGGUCUGGAGUUCACUAUCCACAGGAACCUCAGUUGGCAGGAGGGCAGCACACAUGUGCCCUCAUCAGUGUGCACAGACAGCUGUCCCCUUGGAACUCGAAAGGUGUUACAGAAAGGGAAACCCAUCUGCUGUUACGACUGCAUACCAUGUGCUGAUGGAGAGAUCAGCAACUCUACAGAUUCACUGGACUGUCUAUCUUGUCCUGAGGAGUUCUGGCCUAAUACAGAAAAAAAUGUCUGCCUCCCCAAACUAGUAGAGUUCCUUUCUUUUGACGAGGUCCUGGGUAUUGUCCUGGCCGUGUUUUCAUUGGUCGGUGCCAGUCUUGCUGUUGCUACAGCAGCGAUCUUCUUUUACCACAGGAAGUCCCCGAUUGUCAGGGCGAACAACUCUGAGCUGAGUUUCCUGCUGCUCUUCUCCCUUACUCUGUGUUUCCUGUGCUCCUUAACCUUCAUUGGUGCCCCCUCUGAGUGGUCUUGCAUGCUGCGGCACACUGCAUUCAGUAUCACCUUUGUCCUCUGUAUCUCCUGCGUCCUUGGAAAAACUUUGGUGGUGUUGGUGGCAUUCAGGGCAACCCUUCCUGGCAACAACAUCAUGAAGUGGUUUGGUCCAUCUCAGCAAAGGAUGACUGUUGGUUCCUUCACCUUUGUCCAGAUUUUGAUUUGUACCAUCUGGUUGGUUGUAAGCCCCCCCUUUCCAAUGAAAAAUCUCACUGCGUACAAAGAGCGGAUCAUCCUGGAAUGUGCCCUGGGUUCAGCCAUCGGAUUCUGGGUAGUGCUGGGAUACAUCGGACUCUUGGCUCUGUUUUGCUUUGUUUUAGCGGUCCUGGCCAGGAAACUACCAGACAGUUUCAACGAAGCUAAGCUAAUCACCUUCAGUAUGCUAAUUUUUUGUGCCGUUUGGAUCACAUUUAUCCCUGCAUACCUCAGCUCUCCAGGUAAAUUCACGGUGGCUGUGGAGAUAUUUGCCAUUCUAGCCUCUAGUUUUGGGCUAAUUUUUUGUAUGUUUGCUCCAAAGUGUUUUAUUAUAUUGUUUAAACCAGAGAAAAACACCAAGAAACAAUUAAUGAACAAAAAUCAAUCUUAA